UGCGUGGGGCUAACGGGGAAGCCAAUUUCCCUAAUUAAUCGAGCCAUGAAUGGGGCGCUGUCUUUCUGGGGAGGACUAUAAAGCCGAGCAGGGCCGGGCAUGGAGGUGAAGCCGGGGGAGAGGAUGGAGCACUUCGCCUACUCCCCGUACGGGAUCUACCAGGGCUACGGGGUGCCCUUGGCCGCCAGCCACAACGCGGCCCCGAGGCCUCUCCAUCCUCAGCCACCUCCGAAGCAGCAGCAGCAGCAGCCGCCCAACUGGAAGCAGAGCAAGGGCGGGGGGAACGGGCACAUCCCGCCGCCCUCGGAGCCCCUGGCCCACCUGAAAGCCCUCCUCAACCACGCCAACCCGCGGCUCCGCAGGACCAACACCAAGGAGGCCGGCGUCCAGGUCAACCCCAGGGUCGACGCCGCCGUCCAGUGCUCGCUGGGCCCGCAGCCCCUCCGCGAAGGCAGCGCAGACCCCUGCCCGCCCGGACACUUCCCCGUCCCUGAUGGAGGCGAAGCCAAAGCCCAGGGCGGAGAAGGAGAAGCAGCAGCAGCAGCAGCAACGGAGGAGAAAGGAGCGCUGCCCCAGGACGGCGAGGAGGAGGAGGAGGAAGAGGCGCCCGGGAAGGGAGACGAGGUCCCAAAGGGGGAGGGAGACGCCGCCGGGAAGAGCGGGGACGCCGAGGGAAGGAGCAAGACCACCUUCCAGUUUCUAGAACAGAAAUAUGGUUAUUUCCAUUGCAAAGACUGCAAGAGCAGAUGGGAAAGUGCUUAUGUGUGGUGCAUUUCUGGAACAAACAAGGUUUACUUCAAACAGCUCUGCCGCAAAUGUCAGAAAAGCUUCAAUCCUUAUAAAGUGGAAGCAAUUCAGUGCCAUAUCUGUUCCAAGACUCGUUGCGCCUGUCCGCAGAAGAAAAGGCACAUUGACCUCAAGAGGCCGCAUCGUCAAGAGCUAUGUGGCCGCUGUAAAGGCAAGAGACUGUCUUGUGACAAUACCUACAGCUUCAAAUAUAUUAUAUGACCUGUUCUGAUUUCUAAUGUGGGCUCUUCUUGCACUUCGCACUAUGCACUUUGUUACUGCUUUUGUAACAUGGGUUUGACUUUAGGCUUUUGACCUGGCAUUGGAUAAUGGAUUAGAGAUUUUUGUAAAACUAGGAAAUAUUCAUAAAUUAGCAUAUAUUCCUUAUAACUUAUAAUAAAAUUAAAUUCUCCUGA